GAAGACCUGAUGGAAUUGGAGGCCCAGGGAAAGGACAAAGUGAGACAAGAGGAAGAAGAAAUAACUGAAAAGCCGAAGAGAUUCAUGACAUAGGAAACGGCAAGAGGAUUUUCUUUACUUGAGGAGGCACUGUUAGUUUUUGAGGCACAGGACCCGAACGUAGAAUGGUACACGAAGGUUGCAGCAGCCAUUCAGAAUGCAAUCCAGUGCUACCGUGUCAUCUUCGAUGAGAAAAAAAGAGCUACUACCCAGACAUCACUGGAUCGGUUUUUCAAGAGAGUAGAUAGAACUGAAUCCAGCAAGGAACCAGAACCUGUGCCGCCAAUGUCAGGCAUGAGUGAAAUUGCAGCUUACCCUCCAUCUCCUGUUGCUGAUGAUCCUUCGGCUCUACCGUCUCCCACCUCCUCUCCCUCCUCCAGUCAGUAACUCUUCUUGCCUGUUCACUCGAUGCCAGACCCUGUAUGCCAGCUGUUGUACUGUACUACUGUACUUUUCAAGGUUUCCUUUACCCAGUCACCCUGCUGCACCUCCUGAACAUCUUAAAGAACCUUUGGUAUACAUGAGGAAAGCACAGGGAAGUUGGGAAAAAAGAAUUUUGAAGAGUUUAAAUAGUAUGUGCACUGAAUUGAGUAUCCCAUUGGCACAAAAGAGGCCAGUUGGAGAACAGAAAGAACUUCUCAAUAAAUGGAAUGAAAUGGGAACUGAUGAGCCAGAUUUAAGCCUUUUCAGGCCUGUUUAUGCACCUAAGGAUUUUCUCGAGGUUUUAAUUAAUCUUCGCAACCCAAAUUAUGAAAAUGGUGAUUCUCAUAGUUUCAGGACUCAUUUGGGUUUAAUCCAAGUUCCUCUCAAAGUAAAAGACAUCCCUGAAUUGAAAGAAUUCUUUGUGGAACUUGGCUUAACUGCAGGGCAACUUGGUAUAGAUGACUCUACACAAGUGCCUCCUGAGCUUUUUGAAAAUGAGCAUGUACGUAUUGGGCAAAAAGUUCUAUCAGAACAAGAUAGUGCUGCUGCUCAACAGUAUAUCAGACAAGGAAGUCCCACAGCACUGAGAGCUGAAUUAUGGGCUCUCAUUUUGAAUAUUUCCAGCCAACCUGAGGAUAUCUUGUAUUAUGAGCAGCUUAAGACUAAUGUGAUACAACAUGACCUUUUGGUGGACAGUUUAAUUUAUAAAGAUGUGAAAUUGACAGCAAGCAAUGAUGAUUAUUAUUUUGUAUUUGAAGAUUACUUAUAUCAGGUAUUACUUUGUUUCUCCCGAGAUACAUCUGUGUUGGGUCACUUUGCAUACAACAGUGCUUCACCACCGAAAUCAUACAUAAGAGGAAAACUAGGACUAGAAGAAUAUGCCGUCUUUUAUCCACCAAAUGGGGUAAUCCCUUUUCAUGGAUUUUCAAUGUAUGUUGCACCACUUUGUUUUCUGUACCAUGAACCUUCCAAAUUGUAUCAGAUAUUCCGUGAGAUGUAUGUGCGUUUUUUCUUCAGACUUCAUUCCAUCUCUUCUCAUCCUUCUGGUAUUGUGUCACUCUGUCUGCUGUUUGAAACUCUUCUUCAAACUUAUCUCCCCCAACUCUUUUAUCAUCUACGAGAAAUUGGGGCUCAACCACUUCGCAUAUCAUUUAAAUGGAUGGUUCGAGCUUUCUCUGGAUACUUAGCUACAGAUCAACUCUUGCUUUUGUGGGAUAGAAUCCUAGGGUACAACUCUCUAGAAAUUCUUGCUGUCCUGGCAGCUGCUGUGUUUGCUUUCCGAGCAGUGAACCUGAUGGAGGUGACAUCACUGGCUGCAGCUGAAGCAGUUCUUGCUGACCUUUCUACUUUAAAAGUUAUGCCUCUUCUUCAAAUUUUUCUGUUUGCUACUGUCACCUGAUCUUCUUCAAGGUCACUGACAACACAUCUAGUUUUUCAUUAGAAAGUAGUCAUGAACUAUGCAAACUCUGCAUAAAACCAAAAUUAAACUUUGCAUAUAAGCCAAUAAAGAUCAUGUUCCUCCUCAGUUAAA